AAUAAUAAAGUUCUAACACGCAUCUGAAUGUUGAUUAAAAUUUUGUCCACUUUUUUAACUCCCUGUAUAUUGGAGUAAUAAACUUACCAUCUCUUACAAACUAUUUGAAGCAAUAAUGUGAAACACCUUGUUCUCAGCUCAGUAAGAUGAUAUACGUUUCUGCGAUCGGAUCCAUUGAGGAUGUUAUACAUUUCAACGUAUUCCUCUUGGACCACAAGUAUUGUAGGUAUUUCGUUAGGAAUUAUAUACACCAAGAUUAAGAAUCGUAAGGUCGCCAAGAGCAAAAUCUUAUCGCUGUCGUAUCUAUUAUUGUUGUUUGCUUUACCCUCUGCAGCAAUUUUGAUAUCAGGAAAGCAGUUCAAAGGUAUUACUGCAGCAAUCUUAGGUCCCUUAGUUAAACCCUUAUUUACUAGUGGCAUUGGAAUUGGAAUUUUAGGAAUGUCACAUAAUAUUGGAGGAAUCAUGAAGCGCUUGUGCGAAAACAGAUACGUGGUGCUAAUGAGUAAUUUCUCAUUUUCUAUAUACGUUUUCCAGAUGUUAAUAAUAUUUUCUAAAGGAACUGGUUCAUAUUCUAUGAUGGAAUAUGGAGUUACACAAAUGUUUAAAUCUUUUCUCUUUUUCGAUGCUCCAGUAUCUAUAAUAGUUGGAGUUGUCGGUGCGCUGAUAUUUGAACAACCUGGGAUUAAUUUGCAAAAAAAUUUUUUACCUCGACUGACAUAUGGUAGAGGGAAGCAGCAAGAUUAAUAUAAUGUAUUUUUGGUGUAAAUAUUUUGUUACAAUUAUUCUAUUUAUUGACCUCAGUCCUUUUUUAGUAAAGAU